AUGUUUAGAUUAUCCCUCUAUUUCUUUUUCCCGUGCCUCGGAGAGAACGUAAAGCCGCCGGUCCUGCGCCUUAACUCUCACUGGUCGUGUCGUGUCCCACCGGAGUAUGAGAGUGACAGGAAUAGAGAGUGCACGUUGUGUCUGCGCGUACACUUGUGCACUAUAAUAUCUCCUGCGCAGUUGGCUAGUCUCAAUGAGAUUUGCCGCCGUGGCCGGAAUCGGUCAGGAGAACAUCAUCAUCAUCUAUUUCUUUAUCCUCAUCUUUUGUCAGAUGAUGAUGAUGAUGAUGAUGAUGUUCUCCUAGCCGAUUCCGGCCACGGCGGCAAAUCUCAAUCAGAC